AUGGAGUGCAAAGGAGCGGUGUUGUCACACGUGUUGGUUGAUACCGGCUCUUCUUUGAACGUGUUGCCCAAGAAGGUUUUGUUCGUGAAGAUCCCUGCUAAGAAAGCUUUUGUCGAAGCAUCAUCCAGUGUUGCCAAGAAACUUUCGACAAAGGUAAGUCGAAAACCCGCGAUAGCCCAGAAGAGAAAGGGUGAAGAGGAGCAAGAAAAAGAUCACGUUCCUAAUGAAGAAUCUGGUGACGAAUCUCCAGAGCUAAUCCCCCCUCCUCAGAAGAAGAAGAAACUUACAAAGGUCUCUUCCCAAAGAUCUAUAGUUAAAUCAACCAGGAAAGAUUCCGCAAGUACUCCCACUACCAAACUUCAGUCGAAAGAUACGGAAAGUGGGAGAUCCAGCUUUAACACUGAGAUUCCUGAGGAACAAGUGGAUGUCGAAAAAACAUCUGAGAGAAUCCUGGAAGAAACAGUCCCAGAAGAAGAUAACCCCGCAAGUGAUCCAGUCAGGCAAAUUGUAGCAGACUUCGACGCUACAGUGGGUGAAACCUCUGAGGAUGACUCUCCUCCUCAUCCAGGAUUAGAUGCUGCCACUCAUGGUGAUGACGCUGACAUGGAGGCUAGGGUCGAAGAUGAUCAUGAAGACGAAGCUACCAAAAAUGGGGACGACCAGUCGAAACAUACAGAGGUUGAGCAAACCUUAGAGCGAAACAUUCCACCCGCUCCUGGCCAGACCCAAGGGAGUGGCAAAUCAACUGAUUCUUCUCAGAGCAGUUCGACUACAUCUGGGGCCACUUCUGAAGCACCAUCACUUGGCAACAUCUUGACCAAAAUUAAGAUGAAAAUCCUUGAUGUUGAUUUGUUCAAAAUUUUGGAAGAGAAUUCCCUUGCUCACCUUGAACUUAAAAAACUUUUGAAACAAGUUAAUGUCUUGGAAGCUUCUGCUGAGGUUGGAAGUUUUGUGAUGGAGCUGAUGACCCUUAUUGACCUGGCUACUGCGGAUCUUCUCUGUCAAAGGGAUCUUACCAAUCAAAUCUCCUCAAAGUCUGAAACUCAAACUGCUGAAUGGGAUGCCGUUUCUACUUCGACUAACAAAGUUUCAAGGUUGCAAAAGCUUUCUGAAACUUAUGUCAAAGAAGUUGCUGCUUGUGAUGACAACAUCCAAAAAUUGGAGAAACAGAUAGCAGCACUUCAAGAAAAGAUCUCCCAAGAGAAAAAACGUAAGGCAUCCAUACAGCAACCUAGGCAGAACGAGAUUGAUGACGAGUUGAGGGUGGUCAGAAAUGACUAUAUCAGAGGAGCUGGGGAAAGACUAGAGGUGAGUCUGGCGCAAGAAGUUGAGGAACGAGCCAGGAAGGAAGCUGAAGAAAGGGCCAAAAUAGAAGUUGAGGAGAGGGCCAGAAUAGAAGUUGAGGAUAAAGUUUUUGCUGAAGCUGCUACUGUAGAAACUGAAGCGAAAGCUAAAGUCGGCGGUGAAGAGGUUGCACACAUAGCUGUAGAGGAAGUUGGAAAGACUUCCGAGGUUUCUUUGACUCUAUGUGAGUCAUCAACAUCUGAUCUCGCUCCUUUGUUGCUCAAGACUCUAGAAGAGCUUCAGAAGGAACAACAACUGGAUAUAUCUAAACAAGGAAAACUGAAUCAGUAUCUGAGAAAUAAGCAAAUAAACCUAAGAAACCCUGUACCAUUGUUUCAUCAAAAGUCUAAGUUUUUGUCAUCAUCAAAAAGGGAGAGACAUGACAAUGUUCAACAGACUUUUGUCACAGGAAAUGUCAUUCCACCUUCAAUGAACGUUCAAGCCCAAUCUCAACAUGUGAGGAACCCUGAUGAAAACCCUGUUAUUCAAGAGAAUCUCAUUGUUUGA